GACGUCGUGUUGAAAUAAAAAAGAAGAAAAGCUACGAAAGUGGAUAACAUUACAGUUUUACAGGAAAACUGUGGUAAGCGAGCUCAAAAAAAAUGGAGGUUUUAGCAAUUGGCAUAGCUUCAAUAGGAGAGAGAUUCAUCUCUCAUUCUUCAAACCUUGUUUCUCUCUCUUCAUCUUCUUCACAACAACUCACUCGAUUCUCCUCCAUUCAAUUCAAGUUCAGAAACAGUAGAGUGCGAAAUCGCAGUAGCAUUGGUUUGCAGGAGAAACUUCCAUUGGUAGAAGAUGAAACAGAAAGAGAUGUCGAAGAAGGAGAAUUUGAAGAAGAUUUGUUUUCGUCGUCGUCGUCGUCUUCGUUUCUCUCUCUUACUGAAAAGCCGGACCGAAAUUUAGUUUUGCUUGAUGAAUAUGAAAUGGAGGAGAAUGAUUUUGACUCUAAUCAUCGAAGUGGAUAUGUGGCUGUAGUGGGCAAGCCAAACGUUGGCAAAAGCACUCUUUUGAACCAAAUGAUUGGUCAGAAGCUGUCAAUUGUCACAGACAAACCUCAGACUACCAGACAUCGAAUCCUUGGUAUAUGUUCUGGCCCAGAUUAUCAGAUGGUACUUUAUGAUACACCUGGAGUUAUUGAGAAGAAAAUGCACAAAUUGGACUCUAUGAUGAUGAAGAAUGUCCGCAGUGCUGCCGUCAAUGCAGAUUGUGUAGUUGUAGUGGUUGAUGCGUGUAAAAUGCCUGAAAAGUUAGAUGAAGUACUUGAGGGGGUAGGAGAUCUGAAGGACAAAUUACCCACGUUGCUUGUUCUGAAUAAAAAGGAUCUCAUUAAACCUGGUGAAAUUGCUAAAAAACUCCAGUGGUACGAAAAGUUCACAGAUGUUGAUGAGGUUAUACCUGUGAGUGCUAAACAUGGCCAUGGAGUUGACGAUGUCAGAGAUUGGAUUCUGUCAAAGCUUCCUCUUGGUCCACCAUAUUAUCCAAAAGAUAUUGCUAGUGAACAUCCUGAAAGAUUUUUCGUGGCUGAAAUAGUUAGAGAAAAGAUCUUUUUGCAAUACAAGAAUGAAGUUCCGUAUGCAUGCCAGGUUAAUGUGAUAAGCUAUAAAACAAGGCCAGCAGCAAAAGAUUUUAUUCAAGUGGAGAUUGUUGUUGAGAAGAAUUCACAAAAGAUCAUCCUUAUUGGAAAGGAGGGAAGAGCUCUGAAAUUACUAGCAACUGCUGCACGCCUUGACAUAGAAGAUUUUUUGCAGAAGAAAGUAUUUCUAGAGGUGGAAGUUAAAGUGAAAGAAAACUGGAGACAAGAUGUAGAGCUUCUGAAGCGCUACGGUUAUGGAGGUAAAAUACAAGUUUUGUAGUGCCAGGAGUCACCUCCAGCUGCUGUACCUCUCCCCAUCAGAGACCAGGUGGAGAACCCUGUAUCUGUUUAUUUAGAUUAUAGAUAGAUAUGCAGCUAUUUGCCUUGUAAUCAUGAGAUUGCUUCUAUAUCUUUGUUCUAGUAUCUAUUUCUUCCAUAUGAUUUUUUUUUUUCACUCUUUUUUAGCUUUCAUUUUCUGUUCACUUGGUAGGGAAAGCUUAGAUCUUGUUUAUUAAAAUCUUCUUGAGGUUGCUUGAUAUGAUUAUGGUCCUGGGUUUUCCCCCCA